AUCCUCCUACACCUUAUCUGUAUAUAGCGUUGAAGUCUCUGAUCUUCAGCUGUCGGUCAGUGGAGCGCAGAACCGAGCCAUGCUGGACCAACAGUGAAGAAAAGCCGCAGUAGAUUGUGCUCGCGCGGAUCUAUGUCAUGAUGGUGCUCGUAAUUAUUGUCGCGGGUCUUGGUGUGGUCGCACUGCUCAUGGUUUUAUUUGCACCCCAUAUUAGGAAAUAUGCUGCUGGUUCAGCAUGCAUGUCCAUGGCUCGACUAGAUGGAAAAACCGUCCUGAUCACUGGAGCCAACACUGGCAUUGGGAAGGAGACCGCUUUGGACCUGGCAAUCAGAGGCGCGAGGGUGAUCAUGGCGUGCCGGGACAUGGAGAAGGGAGAAGAGGCAGCCGCGUCGAUAAGACGGAUCUACUGCAACGCUAAUGUGGAGGUCCGAGAGCUGGACCUGGCCGACACCUGCUCCAUACGAGCCUUCGCACAACGUUUCCUCCGAGAAGUGAACCACCUCCACAUCCUGAUCAACAAUGCUGGUGUCAUGAUGUGUCCCUACAUGAAGACCAAUGACGGCUUCGAGAUGCAGCUAGGGGUCAACCAUCUGGGUCACUUCCUGCUGACAUACCUCCUGAUUGGCCUGCUGAAGCGCAGCGCUCCGGCGCGCGUCGUGGUCGUUUCCUCUCUGGCUCACAACUUCGGCUGGAUCCGCUUCCACGACCUGCUCAGCCAGGGGAGCUACAACAGCGGCCUUGCGUACUGCCAAAGCAAGCUGGCCAACAUCCUGUUCGCGAGGGAGCUAGCACGCAGACUCAAAGGUUCCAGUGUGACGGUGAACUCCGUCCAUCCCGGCUCGGUGCGGUCGGAGCUGGUCCGCCAUUCCACCGUCAUGUCUCUCGCCUUCUCUCUGUUCUCGCUGUUCCUGAAGACCCCUCGGGAGGGGGCCCAGACCUCCAUCUACUGCGCCGUGGCGGAGGAGCUUCACUCCAUCACUGGAAAACACUUCAGUGACUGCACCCCAGCAUUUGUGGCUCCCCAGGGGAGAAACGAGGAAACGGCCAGGAAGCUGUGGGAUGCCAGCUGUGAGCUGCUGGGCAUCGUCUGGGAUGACUAACCUGACCCACCCCCUUCAUCGUCAAACACUGGUCGUGUCCUUCAUGGGAUCCUAUCACCCUUAAAGUACAGUACGUUUGGCCAAAGCCGAGGUUCCUGGAGGGUUGUGGUCAAAAGGGUACUUUUAUUGAUCCUUUAUUUACCCAGGAAGACCUGGCAACCGGUCAGCAGGAAGAAGUCAGUGUGUACAAUACAAUACAUUCAAAAAAACACACAUUGCCAAAAUUACAUUUAUUUAAUUACAUUUAUUAAAAACAAUUAUAGUGUUCAAAGACAUUUUCUUCUGUCAGACCUUUAAAAUGUUUAAAUCUCAUUUAAAGGUAUUUUUGUAGUUCAUUCCAGGACAAAGGGGUGUUAUCAGAGAAGGGUAAUUUUCCUGCUUUAGACCUCGCCCUUGAAACUGUGGAAGAGCACUCACUUGUUGGUACAAAGAUAUUUUCAUAGUAGCCCUAGACCAAAAAAUGACCCUGUGCUUCUGUCUCUGGUAGACAGGGUGGGUCAUUAUCGGGGAACUAAUGAGCAAAAUACUGAAAUCUAGUUUUGGGACUAAGUAUCCCUUACUGGUAGAGUUAAGCAUUUUAAGAAAUCCAACCAUACUCCAACAAAAAUACUAAUGUUCAUUGCACAAGAGCUUUUCUAACAGAAAAUAAAAUAAAAAUAGAUUUAAUCCUGAAAUUAAACCCAGUUUAGUCUUCAGUUCUUUCCAAGAUGUCAAUGUUCUGUUUAAAUUUGAACUUUUCAUCUAAAAUGUCCAGGUACUUAUAUGAAGACAGUUGAAUCAGUUGGCUAUUUAAGUUCACCAUCUCUAGAUUACCGCUUGUCUGCUGUGCUGUUAGAUAAAACCAUCUACUGAAUCUUUCUGGCAAUGAGCACAAGUUUCAGAUGGAAGACUGGUUUAUGAAUGUCAUCAAAAGCCAAUCAUGCACUGUAAUAGGAAUGGGGUACCGUUAGGGACACAAGCAGGCUCAGUUCAGAUGGUGAGAGUGAACAUGAGAAGUCCACUUCACUCGAGGACUCCCCAGAAGCCCCAGGUGAGGGAAUUCACCGCAUUUAGGAGUCGGAUUCCAAUGGAGGACAAGAGAAGUUAGGGUUGCUAUGGCCGCCAAUCUCUCAUUCACUCCACUGAAGUGAGUCUACAUGAGGGUGUUUGUCAAGCUGAAUCUGCCCUCAGUGCAUCAUGAUGACUGCAUUUGCCAUGGCAACACUUCCCUGAGAAUGACAAGCUGAGGGAAUAAAGGCAAGUCGGUUCUAUUCCUUAGAAGUAGUUAACUUGGCUUCAGUUUCCUUUAAUGACUCGAAAUGCUCUGUCACAUUUGAGUCUGUAAGUCAACUGAGUGACUGAAGGGGACUUGAGUGACUGAAGGGGACUUGAGUGACUGAAGGGGACUUGAGUGACUUGAACGGGACUUGAGUGACUGAAGGGGACUUGAGUGACUGAAGGGGACUUGAGUGACUGAAGGGGACUUGAGUGACUGAAGGGGACUUGCUCUUGACUGGACCAUCUGAAUUGAGCCACACCUUGUUUUACAUCUGAUUAAAUAUUUACAUUUUUAUCAUUUCAUGACAUUAAGUGAACUCAAAUUGUAGUUAAUCUAACAAGACUUAAAGGUGAAUUCUGGGCUUUUAGGACAAACAUCCUAUUUUUCUAACCCUUCCACUGUCAGCUGGAGUUAAAAUAUGUUCAUCAAUUACUGGAAUGAUUAUCGUUUCUUAGCAAGUCAAUUUUAAGUUAGAAAGCAAGUGGUUUUGAUCAGGUGCGGCACAUACAUGACCCAAAAAUGGCUUGACAGUGCCAAUUUUAUAACCACGGGCCAAAAAUCGCAGAAUGCAUCUUUAAGGAUUUGGCUAGUAACGAUACCAUAUUUAUUUAGAGGGUUGUGCCAAGUUAUGAAUAGUUUUCAAAACAUUUAGUAGUUUAAAUAUUCCACAUUUCAAUGGGGACACGGCUGCCAUAGAAUGUUGUAGUGUCACAUAAGUAUGUGAGGUCAUAAUGCUGGAAGUAUUGUGUCAUCACUGUGCUGUGAAGAGUCUAGCCAGGGUAAUUAUAACAUAUUACAGUGAGUUUUGCAUUACUUAUCUUACAUUACUUAUACAGUUUCCCAAAUCUUCCAGGGAGGUUUGGUAAUGUUAACCAAACGUCUUUAUCUUGUGGCUUUUCUUGACCAUUCCAGGCUUUAUAGUUUUUACACCUUUCUGCCAUAUUUUGUCUGACUUUUCCUGCAGUGUCCUGCCGUUUCUUCCCAUUGUCCCUUCUGCAUUCACAUGAUAAGCUGCCAAGAUGUCUUUUAUACAAAUGUGAAACAUGCCUUUUAUUACAUUGCAGUCAUGUCAGGAAUUCAAUGUUUACAUCCACUGUAAAUAAAGAAAUAUUAGCUAUUAUGA